AUCAUCAUCAUCAUCAUCAUCAGAUCUAACUGAGAGCAGAGAUACAGAACAGGCUUGAUUUCUUUUCUCUCCUGUACUUCAGAUACAUUUUAUUUUUCUUCAUAAUAGGUGGAAUUUAUUUAUAUCGAUUUGGAUCACACGCAUAAUAUUCGAUAAUAUACAAAUCAGCUAAAAAGGUGCGGAUUAAUCUGUAAGAUUAGAAAGAUGCAAGCUUUUGGGCCCUGCGGAGUGUGUGUGUCUAGGGGACUAUUUCAGAGGCGGACCGACUUCCUGUUUACGAGGUCUAACAUGGGGGCGAUGCGGCAAGCGGCAGCGUGUUUACAUUUAUUCAGAGCCACAGCUGGUGGGAACUUCAUCCACAGAAAACCUGUACAGCAGCUUCUACGUCUCCCUGAAGUAACGCACUGUCCUGUUGUGUCCAUCAGCUUGGGCAGUGGACUAUGCACUGUUCCCUUCAUUCAGCAGGCAGACAAUCUGUCACAUGAGUCUCUGAUUCGUCGGGCAUCCUGCUUGGUCACAGACAGCGCCAAUACCUACCUUUCCCAAACCACUAUGGCUCUUAUAGAUGCCCUCACACUGUAUACAAAGGCUUUGCACACCCUCAUCGCUCUUCAAAAGCGUUAUUUGGCCUCAAUUGGAAAAUUCACUCCUGCUGAGGAAGACAGCAUCUGGCAAGUGAUCAUUGGCCAACGAGUGGAGGUUGGAGACCGGCUGGAUGAAUGUAAACGCUUCGAGUCAAACUGGGUGAAUGCUAUCAACAUCUGUGAGUUGUCAGCUGAGGCCGCCUUCAAUUCAGGAGCAGAACAUGCAUCCAAUGCAUUAAAAAGCAGCAUGAAGGCAGCACAGUCUAAGGUAGAAGAGAUGAGGAAACUCCAAAUGGCUGCACAGAAAAGUCUGGCUGAAAUGAAAGCUGAAGAGAUCCAGAGAAUGGCUGAGUAUGCAUCAAGUAUCAACUUGCAGGAUUUGGAGGAUGUUCCUGAAGCGUACCUCCGUGAAGACUGAGAAAGCAGAAAAUGACUGAGAAACUAGCUUUCAGGAUGAACUGAAUAUAAAUUAUUGUUCAGCAUAGAUUACAACAUGAAAACUUUCUGCUGCAAAAAUGCUAUAUGACUGAGGACCAGUGAAUUAGAUUUGUUAUUAAGUAUUACAAUAAAAGGUUUAUGGAAUAUAAUUUCAAGGUAUAGAACUUUGCAGACAGUUUUUACUUUUUUUUUCCUGCAAGACUAGACAAUAAAACAACUUGCAUUGUCCAUUAAUAAUUAACACAUAUGGUCAGCAUGUUUCCUGUCACCUUGUUAAUAUAUUAUCUGAAAAAAAAAAUGCAUGUAAUAUAAGAUGAAAAUCACCAUUUACUUGUAAGCAAGUAAUUUGUCCAGAUGAUAGGUGUACAUGCGGUUUUGAGAUCAUUACAAAAAUAAAUGUGCUGUUUAUUUUAAUGUAAAUAAAAUCUUAUUUUUCUA